UCGUCUUUCUGAACCUCUACCUCGCGACCUACCCCCCGUUUGCGCCAGCACGAAGACCUUUCUGACUAUCAAUCUGCCAAUCAGCACACAACCCUCUGUACCUCCCGGUAAUUGGUAAUCGCAACAGAAUCGUGCUCUCAAUCAGCCGCGACAUAAUACACAAUGGCACCCGCUCAAGUUGUUGACGAUGUCGACGUCGACAUGGUACAGGAGGAGGACGAGGACCAGGAGCAGCGUCUCAUAAACGAAGAGUACAAGACAUGGAAGAAGAACAGUCCUUUUCUCUACGACAUGAUUCUCAGCACGGCUCUCGAAUGGCCUACCCUUACCUCCCAAUGGUUCCCUGACGUCAAGGAGCCUGAAGACAAGAACUACCGCAUCCACAGACUUCUCCUCGGAACCCAUACUUCCGAGGGCCUUCCCAACCACGUGCAGAUCGCCGAAGUGAAGAUCCCCAAAUCCGUCGCCCCGAGCCCCGACGAGUAUAACGAGGAGACAGGAGAGAUUGGAGGCUAUGGAAAGUCGUCGAACGGUCAGACGGCUGCCGUCGAGUUCAGCAUCGUGCAGAAGAUCGACCAUCCUGGCGAGGUUAACAAGGCGCGUUAUCAGCCUCAGAACCCCGACAUAAUCGCGACAUUGUGCGUCGACGGCAAGGUCCUUAUCUUUGACCGUACGAAGCACAGCCUGCAGCCCACUGGAAAAGUCAAUGCCCAGGUCGAACUCAUUGGCCACAAGCAGGAGGGAUUUGGUCUGGCGUGGAACCCUCAUGAGGAGGGCUGCCUUGCGUCUGGCAGUGAAGACACCACCGUGUGUCUAUGGGAUCUCAAGACUAUCCAGAGCGGAAGCCACACGCUGAAGCCCGCCCGCAAGUACACACACCACACCCAGAUCGUCAACGAUGUGCAAUAUCAUCCGAUUGCGAAGAGCUUCAUCGGAACCGUCUCGGACGACUUGACCAUGCAGAUCAUCGACGUGCGUCAAUCCGAGACCGCUCGUGCCGCUGUCACCGCUAAGCGUGGCCAUAUGGAUGCCAUCAACGCUCUGGCAUUCAACCCUACAUCGGAAGUACUCGUCGCAACAGCGUCCGCUGACAAGACUUUGGGCAUAUGGGACCUUCGCAACGUCAAGGAGAAGGUUCACACGCUAGAGGGACACAAUGACGCAGUCACGUCUCUCUCGUGGCACCCGCAGGAAGCCGGCAUCCUGGGCAGCGGCUCCUACGACAGAAGGGUUAUAUUCUGGGAUCUCUCGCGUGUUGGAGAGGAACAGAUGCCGGACGAUCAAGAAGACGGCCCCCCGGAAUUGCUCUUUAUGCACGGCGGGCACACCAACCACCUUGCAGACUUCAGCUGGAACCCCAACGAGCCUUGGCUCGUUUGCAGCGCCGCUGAGGACAAUCUGCUCCAGAUCUGGAAGGUUGCCGACUCCAUCGUCGGCAAGGACGACGGCGAUCUGCCGCUCGACGAGAUCGACCGAUAGGCAAGAUGAAGUCUCAAGAAUACUUGAGAGAAGUAUCACUAGCCACGUUUGCCGAUACCAGAGACUGAGUUGGGGAGGGGUGCGAAAAUGGUGGGUGACAGGACUCGGCAAGAGAUUGCGCUUUAUACUUUGCUUUUUACUUUUCUUCUUUUCCUUUCGGCGUCUACGGUCAUUUGUGGAGAUGAUAUCGGAUUCCCAACAUGCUGCUGCCCUUUUAACGUUUCAAAGUUGCCUGCCUCCUCGCUGCAUGCCUCGGUUCCUGAGUUGCCAGUUUCUUGUGAUGUCUGCCCUGACGCU